AUGUCACUAUUCCUUUAAACAAACAGUAAAAAUCACUCUGAAUAAUCAAACAAAUUUUUACAAUCCGAAUCUGAGGAAGAAUUUGAUUUUGUAGCCCUCAAAAAUGAAUCAGAAGAUAAACAUACUGCAUUUUACUAUCACAAAUGGACUAAUUUCAUUGUUUGGGGAGUUUUAGCUGAUUUCGGUAUUCUAGCAAACAGAUAUGGAUCAAUGAGCAAACAUAGAUUAAAUUUACAUAGCAUCAUCAUGGGUCUAUGCGUAUUACCUACUGUAAUCGCAGAAAUACUCAUGAUAGCUAUUUGGAAUCCGCCUGAAUUUUAUGGUAACUUGAAUUUAAGUUCCAUUCAUGCUCCCAUAGGAUUUACAUAUUUGGGUUUGAUGAUAUUGUAGAGUACAGGAGGAGUAAUAUUAAAAUUAUGUAUUGAAUCAAACAAUCCACAAAAAUAUACUAAAAUCAUGUCCAUUGGUCACAUCUAUCUUGGAUAUAGCAUGUAUUUUCUUGGAAAAAUUUAGUGUGGAUUUGGAUUCUAUGAAGUUUAUAGUAAUGUACAAGGUAAAGGCUAAGGUAACCUAAUUAUGUUUUGGAUUGUUUAUGGUGUAUUAUUCUUUUGGAGAAUCAUUUUUGAAUGGCUAUAUUAGAAUGGAAAGCUUUUUGAAUAUUUUUAUUCUGCAACUCAAACUUCUGAAAAAACAGGGAGCAUUUAAGAUUCCUUAUUUGUCUAAUAUUUAAUAUAAAAUGGUAUUAUCAAUCUUUAUAUAUUGUUUAGAUUAACUGAAUAUUGAAAAAGAAUAUAAUAACAAAAUGUGGUUUAUUUUUAAUAACAGUAUUGUUGAUUUAACAGGUUUUGUACAUCCUGGAGGGCAAUAUAUUUGGGAGAAAACAAAAGGGAGAGAAAUAUCAAGAUUUAUAUAUGGUGGAUAAAGUUUAGAAGAUGGAAACUCAAGGGCUUAUACUCAUUCAGAUAAAGUAAUAACUUUGAUUCAAAGAUAAACGAUAGGUUAUUUAAAUGGUAUUUCUAUUGAAGAUUCAACUUAAUAAUAUAUAAACAAAUGGAUUUUAAUAAAUCAAUAAACAAUUUCUGAAAAAAUUAGUCUUUUUGGAUUUAAGAAUACAUCAAAAUAGAUAGAGUCUUAGUUAACUAGUCUUCAUUAAUUUGGAAAAUAUUAUUAAAUAAAAUCUUCAGUAAACAAAAAGAUAUCUGUAAGACAAUAUACUUCUGUAGUAAGUAUGGCUCCUGAAAAUGUUUAAUAUAGAUAGAAAUUAAUAAAUUUGAUUUAGGUUUUAAAUUAGAUCAAAUCAGAAGACAUAGAAUAAAUAAAUUAAUAACCAAGAUAUUUAAAUGAAUUACCAUUAAUUAUAAAGAAGUAUGAGUCAAAUAUAGGUUUUUCUUAAUAUAUCCAUACUCAUAAAGGUGAAGAAUAUGAAAUUGAAGGGCCAUAUGGACCUUCCUUAGGGUUGCCAAAUAAGGGUAGGGUAGCAAUAAUUUGUGGAGGAACAGGAAUAUUGCCAUUUUUAGAUUUAUUAGAUUUUUAGUUAUAAUCCUCAAUAUAUCAAAUUGUAAAGAAAAAAUUAGGUCAAAAAAUGGCUGAAAAAUUAAAUCCAUUUGAAUGUUAAUUCAGCAAUGGUUUACAUAUUACAUUAAUUAUUGCAGUAGCUGAUAAAUCAGAAUUAAUUGGGUAAGAAAUAUUUAAAAGUUUGAUUACUUUAUAAAAUUAAUUAGAAGAGCAAAGCUUUAAGAUGAUUUUGAAAAUCAAAGAAUAAAUUGAAGGCUUUACUUGUGUAAAUGAAAGAUUUGAUCAUAGUUUUAUGAGAUAGUAGUUAGGAUAGUUGUCGUAAUACGAUAAGUUUUAUGUGUGUGGACCUCCUGUAAUGAAUUAGACAGUUCCAAUAACAUUAAUUAAUUUAGGAGUUUAAGAGAAGAACAUUCAUUAUGUUUGA